AUGGGAGGCGGCCCGGAAAGCCCAGAGAGGCAGAAUGGCGAGCAGGAACUGGAACUGCUGGUGACGCUUCCGUUGCCUGAAAUGCCGGCACAAGUCGAUAUCUUGAAGCGCAAGUUUCCGAGUAUAUCGAAGGUGACAUGGGUGACGGCGAGUAAGCUGGCUGAUGCGGAGGAUAAGAUUCGAGAAGCAUGGAAGACAGCGACCUUUGUCGUGACUCUGGGGAUCGUUCCCGAGAAGAAGGAGGAUGUGCCGAAACUUCGCCUCCUACACAUCUUCUCCGCCGGCAUCGAUCACCUAAACGACAAACCGCUCUUGACCUCCCCAUCCCUUUCCUCCAUCGCGGUCACAACGUCGUCCGGAAUUCACGGCCCGCCCAUCACCGAAUGGGUCCUCUCAUCCCUCCUGGCUCUAACCCGCGAGACCUUCACUGUGCACCACUGGCAGCGCGAGCACAAAUGGGGCGACAACAAACAGAUCUUUCACAAAAUGAGCGAUUGGGCUGGCAAGACUAUAGGCAUUGCGGGCUACGGAAGCAUUGGAAGGCAGGUGGCUAGAGCGUUGGUGGGACUGGGGGUGAAGGUGCAUGCUUAUACGAGUCGGGCAAGGAAGACGAGUGAGGCGAGGAGGGAUGGUGGGUGGAUUGUGGGUGAGAAGCAGGGGUGGGGACUGGGGGAUAGGGAGGGGACGUUGCCGGUGGCGUGGUAUUCGGAGGAGGAUGGACAGGGUGGAGGAGAGAAGAACAAGAAGGCCGGUCUGCAUACUUUCCUGAGAAGUGGGCUGAGUGCUGUGGUGGUGAGUCUGCCGCUUACAACAGCGACAACGGGGUUGUUUGGGAAGGAGGAGUUUGAGAUCCUGAGGGAUGGCGUCAAGGCUGCUACUGCGGCUCAGCCGGAUGUCACAAAGCCGGAGAUCGAUGCCGCGGGGUGCUACUUUGUGAAUAUUGCACGAGGGAAGAUGGUCGAGCAGGAUGCUCUGAUCGAAGCGCUCAAUACAGGCGUGUUGAAGGGCGCGGCGCUGGAUGUUACGGAGCCCGAGCCGCUGGGUGAGAACAGCAAGCUGUGGGAUGCAAAGAAUACUAUCGUGAGUCCGCACAUCAGCGGGUUGGGGCGUGAGUACGCAGGCAGGAGUUUGGAGAUUGUGGUAGAGAAUAUUGGGAGGUUGUUGGGCGGAGCGAGCGGAGGUUUGGUCAACGAGGUCACACGAGGUAGGGGGUAUUGA